UUUCCCUCCUCAUGUCCCAAGUAUCCCGAACCGAGUGCAUAGGAAUAUGAGCGGCAAGCGGUUUAGAUGGCGAGUUUGAACUUCAGUUCCUUUUUAAUCACUACAUCUUCCCGUUUCAGAAACCCUAGAAAUUUGAAUUUCUUCUUGUUGAACUUCACUUCCUUUUUAAUCUCUCCCCGUUUCAGAGACCCUAGAAAUUUCAAUUUCUUCUUUUCUAAAUCAAUGGCGUGGUCUUGUUCCAAAUGCACUUUUCUAAACCCUCCGUCUCAAAAAUCAACAUGCCAGAUUUGUCUCUUCUCAUUAUCAUCAUCUGCUUCAUCCUCUUCUCCCUCUCCUUCUUUUUCUCCUUCUCCAACAGCGACGCUUAAAUGGUCUUGCAAAGCCUGUACUUUUUCAAACCCAGUCGGUCGACAUAACUGUGAAAUUUGUGGAACAAGAUCUUCUGCGUCGUUACUAUCUGAUUUUGAAGAUUUAGAUCCAAUUGAUUCAGAUGGAAAAUUGGAUUCUUCAAUUGGUUCUGUUUUCUUGCCCUUGAAAGCUUGUCAAAAUAAGAGGAAAGUUGAACAAAUAUCUACUGAAGAAUCAACUGAUUGUUUUCUCGAUGUGGGCGAGUCUUGCUCUUCGAAAUCAUCCAGAAAGGAAGGAACUUUCUCGGGUACUACGGAGGAGAAGAAGGAAAUAGAGUUGCACACAUUGAAGGUCUUGAGUUACAAUGUAUGGUUUAAUGAGGACUUAGAACUGCAUAAGAGAAUGAAAGCAUUGGGGGAUCUCAUUCAACUGCAUACUCCUGAUGUCAUAUGCUUACAAGAGGUGACACCAACAAUUUAUCAGAUUUUCCAACAAUCUAGCUGGUGGAAAGUUUAUCAUUGCUCAGUUUCAUAUGAAAUGGUGAACAAACCUUAUUUCUGUAUGCAGUUGAGUAAAUUACCCGUAAAAUCCUUUAGUUGCAAACCCUUCAGCAACUCUAUAAUGGGGAGAGAGCUUUGUUCGACUGAGAUUGAAGUUGGAGGUGGAUGUGGAGGGAGCAAGAAAUUGGUUAUUGCUACUAGCCAUCUUGAAAGCCCCUGCCCUGCCCCACCAACAUGGAAUCAGAUGUUCAGCAAAGAACGUGUAGCUCAAGCAAAGGAAGCCAUACUGAUUCUUAAGGGUUCGCCGAAUGUCAUACUUGGUGGUGAUAUGAACUGGGAUGACAAGUUGGAUGGUCAGUUUCCAUUACCCGAUGGUUGGGUCGAUGCCUGGAGUGAGCUAAAGCCCGGAGAUAAUGGAUAUACGUAUGAUACCAAAUCGAAUCAGAUGCUAUCAGGCAAUCGGACUCUGCAGAAGCGAUUAGACCGAUUCAUGUGCAAUUUGCAGGAUUUCAAAAUAUGUGGGAUCGAGUUGAUCGGUAGGGAAGAAUUACCAGGCCUUUCAUAUUGUAAGGAGAAGAAAGUUAAGGGUAAGCUGCAGAAGUUGAUGCUCCCUGUUUUGCCUAGUGAUCAUUAUGGAUUGCUCCUUACAAUCUGCAACAAGUGAUGAAAGAGUCUUCCAUCAUGAGGGGUAACUCUUCUUUUUGGCUUGUUUUUCGGAUGACACAUUCAACGAGAAGUUCUCAGAAGGAAGUUUGUUAUAUGUCAAUAGCCGUUUUUUUUUGUCUCUAUGGUUCAGUAGUUAGCUAACUUUUGUGAACGACCAAAGACCAUUGUCCUUUAUCCUGGAUGGCAGUCUCUUUGACUUUUUGUAAACGGUGGUUUCUCUUUUCUGAUGUACACAUGUAGAUGCUGCCUUCAGUUUCGGAGAUUGAAUUUUCAUCUGAAAGAUACUUGUUAUUCCCAAAUGUUAAUGGAAAGUAAAUUUUGUCAUA